AUGUUGGUGGCGAUGAAGGCUCAGAAGAGGCCUGUUAACCUCGUUUCCUAUGAAAGCACUGACGAAGAUGAGAAGGAAGCCGACGUACGUCAUAAUGGCUCUGGUUCAAGUGGGAAGCGGAAAUUGCCAAAGGUUGACCCAUCGUUGACUGUACCUUCCCCAACGUCUGAUCCCUCGCGUCACCAAGGACGGAUACGCGCAAUACCACAUGUGGAAGGACAGUUCGCUGCGUACGUGUACGUACCUGUGUGCCUCAAGGCGAACACACCUCUACGUUCACUUUUGGACGAAGUUGUAGGCCGAAGCAAGGAAAUUGAACCCUUUCUGGUGUGUGACUGGCAAGACAGUCCAAACGCCACAUAUUUGCUACAUAUUUCUUUGACAAGACCUAUUUAUUUACGGCAUCACCAGCGUGAGGAAUUAAGGCGUGCCGUGAAGAUGGCGGCGCGUGCUGUAGACCCCUUUACAGCUUCCUUCUCUUCUUUCUCCGUUUUUGAAAAUGACGAGCAUACACGCGUUUUUCUUGGCGUUGAUAUCGGGGCUGGACAUUCAAUGCUAGAGGUGCUAUCAAAGUCCAUUGAGCCCACACUCAAGCUUUUGCACCAAAAGCAAUUCUACAUUGAACCCCGGUACCAUGCUUCCAUAGCAUGGUCACUGCCGAAGGUCCCAUGUACUCCUCCAGUCGGAUGCCUGUCAACUUAUCCGGAGCUAGAUGAACAGGACCUCUCAAUUGCCCUGCCUGUCACUUCCCUUGCCUCAUCAUUGGUUUCGGACCUCAAUUCACGAUUUGGAAAAACUUUAUCAAGUGCCAAGCUAGGAGUAUUCGAAGUCAAUUCUGUCUGUCUGAAGAUUGGGAAGGAAAUCACUACAUGGACAUUACGAAAGCAAUAG